GCCACGGCAGCGCCGGCUGGAACUCGGUGCGUCUCUCUUUCCAUCCUCCCCCUUCCCUUGAUCGGCCCCAUCACCACCCCAGGCCCCCCUUCCCUUCCGUCAGCAGUUCCCCUUCUCCUUUCUCGGCACUUUCCUCUCGAGCCAUCCUUCUGGACAAACUUUGAUGGAGAAUCUCACACCACGCUGGAAAAAUGCCGGUUAUGAAAGGAUUACUGGCGCCGCAGAACACCUUCCUGGACACCAUCGCUACCCGUUUUGACGGAACACACAGCAACUUCAUCCUUGCCAAUGCCCAGGUGGCUAAGGGUUUCCCCAUAGUCUAUUGUUCUGAUGGCUUCUGCGAACUUGCUGGAUUUGCCCGCACUGAAGUCAUGCAAAAGAGUUGCAGCUGCAAGUUCUUAUUUGGGGUUGAAACCAAUGAGCAACUGAUGCUUCAGAUAGAAAAGUCACUGGAGGAAAAAACAGAAUUCAAAGGAGAAAUUAUGUUCUACAAGAAGAACGGGUCUUCAUUCUGGUGCCUGUUGGAUAUUGUUCCCAUAAAGAAUGAGAAAGGAGAUGUGGUACUUUUUCUGGCCUCAUUCAAAGAUAUAACAGAUACAAAAGUGAAGAUUAUUCCAGAAGACAAAAAGGAAGACAAAGUCAAAGGAAGAUCAAGAACAGGGACCCACUUUGACUCAGCCCGGAGACGAAGCCGAGCCGUCCUUUAUCACAUCUCUGGGCACCUGCAAAGAAGAGAAAAGAACAAAUUGAAAAUAAAUAACAAUGUUUUUGUAGAUAAACCAGCAUUUCCGGAGUAUAAAGUUUCUGAUGCAAAAAAGUCCAAAUUCAUACUUUUGCAUUUUAGCACUUUUAAAGCUGGCUGGGACUGGCUUAUUUUGUUGGCGACGUUUUAUGUCGCCGUGACCGUACCUUACAACGUUUGCUUUAUUGGCAACGAUGACCUGUCCACAACUCGGAGCACAACAGUCAGUGACAUUGCAGUGGAGAUUCUGUUUAUUAUAGAUAUUAUUUUAAAUUUCCGAACAACUUAUGUCAGCAAGUCUGGCCAAGUUAUAUUUGAAGCAAGAUCGAUUUGCAUCCACUAUGUCACAACCUGGUUCAUCAUCGACUUAAUCGCUGCCCUGCCUUUUGACCUCCUCUAUGCUUUCAACGUCACAGUGGUGUCCCUUGUGCAUCUUCUAAAGACGGUACGGCUGCUGCGUCUUUUGCGUCUCCUGCAGAAGCUGGACCGUUACUCCCAACAUAGCACAAUCGUCCUGACUCUGCUCAUGUCCAUGUUCGCCCUCCUUGCACACUGGAUGGCGUGUAUUUGGUAUGUCAUCGGAAAGAUGGAGAGAGAAGACAACAGCCUUCUGAAGUGGGAAGUUGGUUGGCUUCAUGAGUUGGGAAAGAGACUGGAAUCUCCAUACUAUGGCAAUAACACCUUGGGGGGCCCAUCGAUCCGAAGUGCCUAUAUUGCUGCUCUGUACUUCACCCUGAGCAGCCUCACCAGUGUGGGAUUUGGGAACGUCUCUGCUAACACAGAUGCAGAAAAGAUCUUCUCCAUCUGCACCAUGUUGAUUGGUGCCUUGAUGCACGCCUUGGUGUUCGGGAAUGUGACAGCAAUCAUACAGAGGAUGUACUCUAGAUGGUCCCUCUACCACACGAGAACUAAGGAUCUGAAGGAUUUUAUCCGUGUCCAUCACCUGCCCCAACAGCUCAAGCAGAGGAUGCUUGAGUAUUUUCAAACAACCUGGUCAGUCAACAAUGGAAUAGAUUCAAAUGAGCUUUUGAAAGACUUUCCAGAUGAACUGCGUUCUGACAUCACUAUGCACUUGAACAAGGAGAUCUUACAGUUGUCCCUUUUUGAAUGUGCCAGCCGGGGUUGCCUCAGGUCUCUGUCUCUCCACAUCAAAACCUCUUUCUGUGCUCCGGGGGAGUAUCUGCUGCGUCAGGGGGACGCUUUGCAGGCCAUCUACUUUGUGUGCUCCGGCUCCAUGGAAGUGCUUAAGGACAGCAUGGUGCUGGCUAUUCUUGGGAAAGGGGAUUUAAUUGGAGCAAACCUAUCAAUUAAGGACCAAGUGAUCAAGACCAAUGCAGAUGUGAAGGCUUUAACCUACUGUGAUCUCCAGUGCAUCAUCCUCAAAGGACUCUUUGAAGUGCUAGACCUUUACCCAGAAUAUGCUCACAAAUUUGUGGAAGACAUUCAGCAUGACCUCACAUACAACCUUCGAGAAGGUCAUGAGAGUGAUGUGAUAACAAGAUUAUCGAACAAAUCUACAGUCUCACAGUCAGAACCCAAGGGAAAUGGCAGCAUCAACAAGAGACUCCCAUCCAUUGUGGAAGAUGAAGAGGAGGAGGAAGAGGAGGAAGAGGAGACGGCCUCUCUAUCUCCAAUCUACACGAGGAGAUCGUCCACUUCACGCAACAAGAAGGUUGGAAGCAAUAAAAGCUAUCUAGGCUUAAGCUUAAAGCAGCUGGCUUCAGGAACCGUGCCAUUUCACUCCCCUGUCAGAGUCUCCAGUUCAAAUUCCCCCAAAGCCAAGCAGGAAAAUGACCCCAUAAGCCAUGGUAAAAGGAAAGAGAAGAACUUGAAAUUGCAACUUUCAACCUCAAACAGUGCUGGACCCCCAGACCUCAGCCCAAGGAUCGUUGAUGGAAUUGAAGAUGGAAAUAGCAGUGAAGAAAGUCAGACAUUUGACUUUGGCUCUGAACGAAUCAGGCCAGAGCCCAGAAUUUCUCCUCCUCUUGGAGACCCAGAGAUUGGAACUGCUGUUCUCUUCAUCAAGGCAGAGGAGACCAAGCAGCAGAUAAACAAACUCAACAAUGAGGUAACAAGCUUGACUCAGGAAGUCUCCCAGUUAGGUAAAGACAUGAAGAAUGUGAUGCAACUUCUGGAAAACAUUCUGUCACCUCAGCAGCCCUCACGGCGUUGCUCUCUGCACACCACCUCUGUGUGUCCCUCCAGGGAGAGCUUACAGACCAGAAUGAGCUGGAGUACACACCAACCUUGCUUACACUUGCAGACAGGUGGGGCUGCUUAUACCCAAGCACAACUCUGUCACAGUAAUAUCACCUCAGAUAUUUGGAGCAUGGAUCCCUCUUCUGUGAGGAGCAGCCCGCAACGAACUGGAGCUCAUGAGCAAAACCCUGCCGACAGUGAACUUUAUCAUUCUCCAAACCUUGAUUAUUCACCGUCCCACUACCAGGUUGUCCAAGAAGGUCAUUUGCAAUUUUUAAGGUGCAUCUCUCCACAUUCAGAUACUACACUGACACCUCUGCAAUCCAUUUCAGCAACUCUUUCAUCUUCAGUCUGCUCCUCCUCGGAAACGUCUUUGCACCUCAUUCUCCCAAGCAGAUCGGAAGAGGGCAGCUUCGGUCAGGGAGCCGUUAGUUCCUUCAGUCUGGAAAACUUGCCAGUAUCUUGGAAGCAAGAAGGGAUGGCAUCAGUGUCUACGAAACCCUUGGAGAACUUUCCACUGGAGGUUGUCACAAGCACAGCAGAAGUGCAAGACAACAAAGCCAUAAACGUAUGAUAUGGGCUCACGGGACGCAGCUGCCCACUCCACUCCUACUACUGCAUGACAGCUUUAGUUUGCCUUUUUUGCCUCUGGCGAGCAGGAGGACUGGGCCCAGUGGGGAAUCCCACAGAAGAGAGUGUGAGGAGUCCAAGAAACGCAGAAGCACCUCCAUACUGUAGCAAACUAUCUCCAGACCCUAGAAGCAUAAUAAAAACAUUUUCUUGUACAGGUAUUAACUUACUGGUCUGUUUGACAGACUCUGGUAGAAGUCCAAAGCCCCUGAGGGUCUGAGCAGCUAGAAGUCCCAGACAAAGAAUUGGUGGAUUAGUCUUGUCCUAGGUGGCUUUUGUGAAGUGCAGGAAAGGUUUUUCCCGAGUGCCUGUUUGUCGUUCCUGAACAAUAUCCAUAGCACUGUUGGCCUCCGGAGCGCACAGAUCCUGCUGAUCUAUUUUCUUUUUGUGAAGGCAAAAGGACAAUUAUCACUGCAUGUCAUCUCCUAGACAAUCAAUCAAAUAGAGCUGGUGGCCAAUGGCUAGCUAUUCGCACGUUAUUUGCCAUGUAAAUGAAAAUGUCUUUAUUUAUCAAAACAAAACAAAACACAGAGGCUAUUUUUAUAUCCUUGGUAUGAAAUAUGUAUUUAAACUAUUUAAAAUAUUUAUAAUGAAAUGAAUGUUUUCAUUUUGGUAAAAAAAAAAAAAAGAAAGAAAAAGCUUGCUGUUUUAACAAGAAAUGCACUACUGUUAUGUAUAGUAGAUAAUAAUUAUUUAUUAUUAAGAGGAUGUAGUUUCAAAAGGAAUCCCGCUUUCAUCUGCAUGUAGUUUGCAACAAAUGUAUCCUCAUGCUUCUGGACGACUAAAGAAAGGUGAGGUCAUAUUUUACUAAUGAAAUAAAAACAUGGACCGAGCCCCAAGCACAUGAGAUUUGGGGUGGUGGGAGAGCAGGCUCCAGGUACUCUCUAGCGAUUGGUGUCAGUGCCCUGAUGUAAGGCCGCCCGCACUGCCAGAAGACAUGUCUUUCCUCCUGGCACCAUACCCUGUUGCUCAGGAACCCAAUGCCCAUCUGUGGAAUAUGAGCUCACUUCUACAUGGAGCCAUUUGGGCCUCAAAGUGAGGGAGAAACACAUGGGUGGAUCCUUCCCCAGUGUUUCCUUUUAGGAGUACUGAUAGAUCAGGGGAAAUCCUUAAAUGGAGCCAACAUUUCCUACUAAUGAUGUGUAGGAAGGACAACAGCUUGCAGUGGGGCAGCACUUUACCUUGUUUUCUUUAAACCUCCCGACGAUGCUGUAGGGUAUGCAGAGCACUUGUUUUGUUCUAUUUGGUAAGGGAGAAAACUGAGAGACCACACCCUUAGAAUUCUGUCACCAUCUAGAACCCAAAAUGCUUUCUGCGUCUCACAUCAACAUGCAAAUUCAGGUGCAGGGUUUGGCAAGAAUUGAAACACCUUCCCUUAAAUUUUAUUUUAUGUUAAAGAACAAGUAGGGCCUAAUCCCUCCAGAUAUCCCUUGAAGACAUAUUGAGCUCACAUUCUGGAGUCCUCCUGUUUUUAUUUCCCAGCACAAAGAAUACACAAAUUUGACACCAUUAAAAGCAUCUAAACAAAC